GCUGCUGAUGGAGACAGUGAGACAGGCGGAAGGUGGGUGGGGACAUACAAGCCAUUGUCGGGAUAAACGCACCUCACGCUCGGGCGACUGAACGCUGAGCUCACGCUAAUCCGCCCUGGAGAAGACAGAGUAAACAACUCGGGUUUGGCCGAAGCUUGAUUUUAGGAAUCUGACACCAUGACUGCAGAGGAGAUUAUAAACAUUAAAGAAGCCGAGAUAAUCAAGCUGAUCCUGGACUUUCUGAACUCCAGAAAGCUCCACAUCAGUAUGCUGGCCCUGGAAAAAGAGAGUGGCAUCAUUAAUGGGCUUUAUUCAGAUGAUAUGCUCUUCCUGAGGCAACUUAUAUUAGAUGGGCAAUGGGAGGAAGUUUUGCAGUUCAUUCAGCCUUUGGAGUGCCUGGAUAAAUUUGACAGAAAGAAGUUUCGAUAUAUCAUCCUAAAACAGAAGUUUCUGGAAGCUCUGUGUGUAAACAACGCUAUAUCUGCGGCGGAUGACCAUGAGAAUCUGGAGCUGACCAUGCAAGACGCUGUAAAGUCCCUUCAUUCCCUGGAAGAGUUCUGCCCAACCAAAGAAGACUACAGCAAACUCUGCCUGCUCCUCACGCUCCCGCGCCUCACCAACCACACCGAAUUCAAAGACUGGAACCCCAGCACAGCCCGCGUGCACUGCUUCGAAGAAGCCUGCACCAUGGUGGCCGAAUUCAUCCCCGCCGACCGCAAACUGAGCGAAGCCGGAUUCAAAGCCAGCAGUGACCGUCUGUUCCAGCUCCUCAUCAAAGGGAUACUCUACGAAUGCUGCGUCGAGUUCUGCCAGAGCAAAGCCACCGGUGAAGAAAUCAGCGAGGAGGAGGUUCUCCUAGCCGUCGACGUCCUCUGUGGAAACGGUUGCGAGGAACUAGACUUGAGUUUGCUGUCUUGGCUGCAAAACCUCUCGCCGUCGGUCUUCGCUUGCGCUUUUGAGCAGAAGACCCUCAGCAUCCACGUAGACCGGCUCGUCAAACCGGUCCGGACGGGUCACGCGGAUCUUCUCACACCUCUGCUCACCAAACUCUCACCCUGCCCAGCGUCGCCUCUACGGCGCCCCCAGUCGGCGGAUACUUACAUGUCCCGCUCUCUCAAUCCCGCCCUGGACGGACUGUCCCACGGCUUGGUGGGACGGGAAAAGAAAAGCACAGAAGGUGACGGGAAAGCAACGGCCAUGUCACAGUCGUUCGCCAACUUUGGGUAUCCUUCAGGUGGAAAUGGAAGCAAAAACCCACUGGACAGCAGCGGCUUCAGUGAUUCGCCUGACAGAGCACAAGCGCAGGAUGAGAGAAUGAACGGCUCAGGAGGAACAAACUCGCUGCGUCCUCCACUGACUCCUGGCAGAGACGGUGGAGCCACGGGUUCAGCUGAAAAAUCUGAGGAGCAGCUUCAGGAGUUCCAGCGUCAGCGGUUGCGGGUGCAACAGCAUCUUGAGCAGAAGCAGCAGCAGAGGCAGCUCUACCACCAGAUGCUGCUGGAGGGUGGAGUUCAUCCCCCAGAGCAGCCCACAGACACAGCGCAGCACAAUCUCACACAGAAGUUCCUGAACAGGUCCAUUCAGAAACUGGAAGAACUGAACGUGGGAAUGGAAGACCUGGGGGAAGACGUCCAGGCUUUGGCCCAGCAGUGUAAUGGUACGCCAGCGAGCGGUGCCGGUAAACAGACCCCAGACACCGGCCCAGGCCGGAACAAGACCGCGGUGAUCAGCAGCACCCCUCAAAAGGGAGGAGGCCGAGGCGUCCCUUCUCUGGACGAGUCCCCAGUGCUGGUCAACCAGAGUGUGUUUCAGGACGAGAGACCCAAAUCCCCAUUCGUUGCAGUGCAGACGCUGGAGGACACGCAGGCUGUGCGUGCAGUCGCCUUCCACCCGUCCGGGGCGCUCUACGCAAUCGGCUCCAACUCCAAAACACUACGUGUCUGCACUUACCCACAAUCCCUCAAAACCAGCGCUCAAGGUCCAGUAAAGCAGCCUGAGAUCUGUUUCAAGCGCAUUAAGCACCAUAAAGGCUCUAUUUACUGUGUGGCCUGGAGUCCCUGCGGACAGCUUCUCGCCACGGGCUCCAAUGACAAAUACGUCAAAGUUCUUCCUUUCAAUGCGGACACCUGCAACGCCACAGGUCCAGAUCUGGAGUUCAGCAUGCAUGAUGGCACCAUCAGAGAUUUGGCGUUUAUGGAAGGUCCUGAGAGCGGAGGAGCAAUUCUGAUUAGCGCUGGGGCUGGAGACUGUAACAUCUACACCACUGACUGCCAGAGAGGACAGGGGCUGCACGCGCUUAGCGGACACACGGGACACAUCCUGUCUCUGUACACGUGGGGCGGGUGGAUGAUCGCCUCUGGUUCUCAGGAUAAGACGGUGAGGUUUUGGGACCUGCGUGUGCCCAGCUGUGUGAAGGUGGUUGGGACGGCCCUGCAUGGAACAGGAAGUGCUGUGGCUUCGGUGGCAGUAGAUCCCAGUGGGCGGCUCAUGGCCACCGGAUUGGAAGACUGUCGCUGCAUGCUUUAUGACAUCAGAGGAGGUCGAACCGUCCAGGCUUAUCGGCCGCACACCAGUGACGUACGAUCUGUGCGCUUUUCUCCUGGCGCCCACUAUCUGCUCACCGGCUCCUACGACAACAAGGUCAUGAUCACUGAUCUUCAAGGGGAUCUCACUAAAACGCUGCCGGUCACUGUGGUGGCUGAACACGGAGAUAAAGUGAUCCAGUGCCGUUGGCACACCAAAGACCUGUCCUUCCUGUCCUCCUCAGCCGAUAAGACGGUCACACUAUGGGCGUACCAGCCUUAACCACAGCAGAAGCCAUACGGAAGAGCACAGAAAACACUGAUCCUCCUGCACUCAGAAGGACAGAAUAGAGUGAAAGAGUGUGUCAGUGCGUGUUUGUUUGUAUUUCUAUGUAACCAGUACACUCACAUGAGAAAACUGAGACAGUUCUAGUCACGUCUACAUCUGGAAUUGCAUGUCAAACAGCUUUAUACUCAAAUGUAUUGCAGUUCAGAAAAAAAAGAUCAACUAAUGACGUUUCUUCACUUACAAACAAUGUCAUUGCUUCUACAUUUUGCUAUUUCAAGUGAACGAAACGGUCCUGAAAAUGUGAGCUGAAUUGUGCCUUGAAGUGAUGUUUUCUGUAGUUACACUUAUUCAACUGAAUGUCUUGUAAAUAUGAGCUUUUGUAUAGGCUUCAAAGCAAACUCGAGGCAUUAGAUCAUUGUAUAGCACAUUGCACUACGGACGUCACUCAUCCAGCAGUUGUUUAUGCCGCAUGAAUAUUCAUGUCCUUCUUUAAAUAAAUGUAAAUGAAGCAACACUCUGUAAAUACUGAGGAUAAAUGUUUUGUGGAAGUCGUCCUCCUCAGUGUUGAAAUGGUUUCAUGCAUUUUUAGGAAUGCUUUUACUUUAAAUGAUCAUUUCCUAAUAUGCAUAAUAUGCAUCACUUUUGCACAUUCAUUCAGCACCUUUUUGUAUCGAUAAAGAGAGCAGCUAAACGACUCUCAAUCACCUGAUGUACAAAGUAUUAGUAAUUUAUUUGAACAUGGAAAUAAACUGUUUUGAAACGAUGA